UCAAGAUUUCCGAGCUGAGGGUUCAUGGACGCUUCAUUCGGUCCUAACAAAUUAGGAACAAAUGAAGCGCACGCAAACGAGGACGGCAUCAAGUCGCGAACCUCUUUAUUACCUUUAUCGGAUUCCGUAAACGAAGCAGACAAACCCAAUCAAUCUAUAAAACAUAUAUUAAAGGUUGGAAAUAGAAUUUACCAAAAUCAUGAUCUUGUAUCUGCUCAAUAUAUAAAACGUAAUAAUGAAACAAAACCUAAUGAGUGCACUGUAAAAAAUUAUACUACCCAAGGAAACAUCGCAAACGUAACGACAUCCAAGAGUCCAGUAAUAGCGCCCAUACCUCGAUCCAUCAUCAAUCCCGACGUGAAAGAUAACUGGUUGAUCGCCAAUGGUAAUGAUUACGUGGAUACUAACAAAGGUAUUAAUCCCAGCUCCAUACGAUCGGCGUCAUCACCGCAGCUAACGAUCAAGCCCCUGACACGGUCCAAGGUCUACAGAAAAGCUUCAUUAAAAUCGAUGAACCUAUCCAAUUCCGCGUUAGACCACACUGUACAGAGUCAAUGUAAAUUCAAUAUCCCAAAAUCGCAGACCCGCAUAAUCAAUAUUUCGAAUUGUUCCGUCGUUUCUACGGACAGCAAGAUACCUGUUUCAUAUCACACGGAUCUGAACAACGGAGGAGACAGAGCGAACGACGUCAACGACACGAAAAACAAGUGGAGCAUGGGGGAGGUGCACAUUACCUGUAAUCCGCUAUCGACACCGUAUCCGUAUUCUACGCCGCAUCACGCGCAUGAUAACGUUGUAACUGAAACCAUGACAGGACCAGUCGAGGACGAACCGAAAAGUCGAAGCUGCGGCAACUUUUUACCGAUCUUGUCGCUAAUACCGCAAACGGUCAUCGGCUUCCAAUACUUGAGCCCGAAAAUGAAAUUCUCCUGGUGGAGGAACAAGAUAUCGUGAAGGUACGCUUAAACGACCAUUCAGCGCCAAUUGAUGCACUAGUGGUCUUGUAGCGCAAUUGUUGCUAGUGGUCAUUGUAGCGCGAUUAAAAGAUAACUGUUUGAUCGAGUUCUGUAUCGAAAAACCUCUCUUACCUCGUAGUGAGAUAUCUUCCUCCCUUCUCGAUUUUCAUCAGUUAGAGGAUAUCCUCUCAUUGUUAACACACACAUACAUGUAUGUCAGUCAGUCCAGUCUGUACCUCUUUGCUACCGUUAAAUAUGAUCAUUAUCGGAAAAGAACGCAUGCACCAGGUAGAUGUAACGAAUAACACAUUAGCGAUUCCUUAUGCUCUCUGUGGAAACGGUUUGCGUAAUGUACAACGACUACGAAUCCUUUCUAUACGUGUAUAAUGUCCAUAUUGUACAAUAACGUUUCUCUAUAUUGGACCCUCUAGUCCGUCAACUCUUUUCCUACUGUUUGUUAUUAAUAAGUAGAUCGAGGCAAUAAAUAUUCUUGCUCGUAUAAUUUUCAAUAUUACUUAUUAUAGAAAAAUGCAAAAAUACGAAUUACAGCAAUCUAAAUUUAAUUCCUUUUAAUUCCUUUUAAAACCAUCUCCGAAGAAAUUCUCGCAACGAACAUUCAAGUUAACGAGAUUGUUGAUGAUUUAGAUACAUUUCUUUAUUAAACUAUCAACCUACUUUUAAUUUAACGUGUAUUUGUCGAUUGAUACGAGCUUCUAAAAGUAUUAUCAAAGUAUAAUUAAAAGUAUUCCAUGUGAAUAACUACUAUAUGUGAUAUCGAAAAAUGGUACGCCAGUCGGUAUUGUGUAUAAUGUUGAGAAUAUGUAGAUUUAAUUCUUUGUAAACCCGAUAUCGGUUAUUUCUUUAUCAAAUUUAUCUUAGAUUCAUUUUACAAAACGGAUACCGCAUUAAACCUAUAGUUAAGGUACUACGAUUAAUUUAAUCAUUCCUAUACAUGCGUGCGUGUAAAAUACUAAUUAUUGUACGAGCGAUACGUGAAUAUGCGAGUCAUAUCUGUCUUAAAAGAUUUUUUAUUUCUCUGUGAGAAAUGUUUAUAUGUAUGUAUAUAUAUAUAGAAGUAUCCGCGAGAAAUUCAUAUUUCUAAACGACAAGAAACAUUUAUCAAGUAUUUAUUUUAACUUUUUUUUAGUCUUUUGAGUUUUAUUAAAAGUAUGUUGUUAAAAUU